GUCAAAUUUCGAAGCGGCAUGGACUUGCCCGCGGACGAGCCGGCCAUGUCGCUGGAGCAGAUGAAGAGCAAACUGUUCCACAAGUUCCAACAAGAAGGCUACGUGGAUCAAAUCCGGGUGCAAUUGCGAACGUCGUUUGUGCACACCUUACAGAAGGCGUCGCACGCUGCGGCGGUGGCUGCGAGCACCAACGAGCAAGAAUGGACAGUUGUAGAAAAGGUCGCCAACAGUUUGAUCUGCCAGUACCUUCACGCCAAGCAGCUCAAGCACACGCUCACGGUGUUCGUCCCGGAGGUCGGACCUCGGAAUUGCGACUUGCAGGACGACAUGGUUCAAAAGCUGUUGCGGCUCCCCAACGACCCCAACGCACCAGAUCCAAUAAGCGCUUCUUCCACGUGGCUUAUUGACAUGCUCCGGGAAAAGGAACGCAGUGCCGACGUGUCGUCGCACGACAUUCAAACGCAGACCCUCGACGAAGAUCACCGGUUUCUACUGGACGCGGAAUUGAAGCGCAUUGACGACAUGUACUGGAACCAGAGCAUCAACAUGCAGAAAGACCAGCGGUCCUUCGAAGCGCAGUUGGUUGCGUACCAGACAGACUACGACGCGCGGAGUCAAGUUGAAUUUCAAAAGGAGAUUGAGCGUAUCCGAGCCAUGGACAUCUCCAUCAUGCGCAUGGAGGAGCGCAAACGACAUGCCCAGGAAUCGGACAAGUUUCGAGCGGCGCUUCAAGCCGAAUAUGCCGCGAAAGCCGACGGGUUGGCCGAUGCCGAGGCGCGGCUUCGCCUCGAAUUUGCCGACCACCGCCAGCAACUUGAGAGCGACCUGUUUGAGUUGCGCCAGACGUUGCUGCGAGAGCUCGACAGUGUGCGGUCGAAGGAGCGGCAGUUGCUCUCAAGUAUGGACGUUGAAGCCAUGAAACAUGCAAAUGAAAGCCGGCGGCUGGCGCUGCUCGAAGACAAUCUGAAGGAGCGUGAGCGGCAGCUGGACCGGACGCUUAAGGACGUGCAAGUGGAGCGAGAUGGACAGCUCCGGCGGGUGACUGCCGACGCCGAAGCUAAAGUUGUCGAGAAAUCCAUGGCGCUGGACGCCCUCGAGAAGAAACUUGCAAAGGAAUCGCAGCAACUUCGGGAUAGCCAGAACGAGUUUAACGCCAUGGCGCAACGAGUGGCUGUCGUGGACGGACAGCUCGCGGCAGCCAGGGGAUUGCACAUGGAGCAACGAUUGAAAAUGGAUCUACUCGAGCGAGAACGUGCCCAUUUAGAAGAGCUGCUCGCGGCCAGUCGGGCGGCGCAAGUCGCGUCGUCCAGCAACCACAAGUCCAAUUCAAUUGCCCUGGCCCAUGCCAACGACACCAUUGCGCGGCUCGAGCGAGAAGCCAAGGCGACGCGGGUGGUCCAUGAAGCCCAGAUCCAAGAGAAGGCGGCGGCGAUGCACGACGUCAUCACGCAGUUGAAUGCAGCCAAUGCCGACCUCGGUCGGUUGAAAGUUGCUCAUGCGGAUGCGAUCGUGGCUGUCAAAGUUGCUGCGUACGACGCCGUGGCGGCCGAGCGCCGCGCCGCCCAGUCCGCUGAAGAGACCCUGCGGACGCAACUGACAGAGAUGCAGGCGCGGUGCCACGAAGUUGAAGCGCAGUGCCAUCGAUAUCAAACGCAAAGCGAAGACGAUCACGUCCACGUGGCGUCCCUGCGUCACGAAAUCGAGAGCUUGCGUGCGAUGCUGCACACGCUCCAGUACGCCCCGUCUGUAUCGCAUGGGUAUAUGCAGGCUGGGCCAGCGCGGCGAGUGGCGGCGGAGUCUGCUUCUUCGUGGAGGAUGGCGGAAAGGUUUAAACAACCUCGUCAAGGGAAUGGAGACGACCCCGAGGAGAGAUGCGAUGCGGCGCGGGUAGAACGUGGUGGCCAACGAGUGAUGUUGUCGAGAGGUGGCGAGGCUGGUCGAGGAUUUGUGAAAAAAGCAACUAGCUUGGGAACGAGCCAUGUUAAUCCACGCGAUAUGCCGCCAAUGCAUGAACAGGACCUAUAUAAGCAGCAACACGAACACCAACAGGAGCGGGAAGACGACCAUGCCCGGGAUGUAGCAGCCGAGCCGGACGAAACAGUGGCGGCGGCGGCGGCACAGCGUGAGCUGGAGCCACUUCGACAGCACCAACAAGACGCCGCGGCGGCGGCGUUGAAAGCAUCUCAGGAUACCCCCCUGGACCAACAAUUGAAAGCGCAUAAACAUGCAAAACUCGAUAUGCUGGAGGAACGCAUUCACUUAGAGGCGAAAGACACCAACAUCCAGGACGAGAUGGCCCGACGGGCGAUGGCGGCGCGAGUGACGGCGGAGGUGACGUGGCAGCAGCUGGAGGAUGCCACGGACCAGUUGGCUACUAGUAGCCAUCUAGAGCAGACGGAUGAACCGAAGGAAAGUGAGCAGGCAGAGGACGAUAAACCAGAGGAGGACACGACGCAGUUGAGGCACGCCGCCUUGGAGGAGGAUCAAGUUCAAGCGCGAGAUGGAAAUGAUGAUCAUCGAGGGGACGGAGGCGCGAGGGGCUACGACGUAGACGGGGACGAAUCGAAACGAAUGGACGAGAAGCAACGGGCAAUGGACGCUGCUGUGGAAGGGACCGCUUGGCAGGGACAACUGGAAAACGACCAAUCGAGUAAAGUGGUUUGGGAAACACACGAACAAGAACGCCGUGACGUGGCAGCACGAGCAGACGAGGCGACAGAGAGCCAAGACACCCGAAAUGCACCAGACGACGCCAAGCAAGUGGCCCGACAACAACGAAUCGACGACGAGCGAACAGCGAUCGAAGCAGCAGCAGUUGCCGACGCUCGUGAGAAGCAGCACCAAUUGAACGCUGAAAUCCAAGCUAAACAAGUCAAACAACGCGAAAACGACGAAGCAGCUGCAGCUGCCAAGCUCAAGGCAGAGGACGAAGCAACCGCCGCCAAGCUCAAAGCAGAAGAAGCUGCAGCAGCAGCUGCCAAGAUGAAAGCAGACGAAGAAGCAGCAGCAGCUGCCAAGCUCAAGGCAGACGAAGAAGCAGCAGUUGCUGCCAAGCUCAAGGCAGACGAAGCAGCAGCAGCCGCCGCCAAGAUGAAAGCAGACGAAGAAGCAGCAGCUGCUGCCAAGCUCAAAGCAGAGGAAGCAGCAGCAGAAGCAGCUGCCAAGCUCAAAGCAGAGGACGAAGCAGCAGCCGCCGCCAAGAUGAAAGUAGACGAAGAAGCAGCAGCUGCUGCUAAGCUAAAAGCAGACGAAGAAGCAGCUGCAGCUGCCAAGCCAACGCCGGCCAACGACUCGAGUAUCAUCGACGAGUAUCGGCAACGGGCGGUGGUGCGACGCGCAGAGAAGCUUCGACUGGAGCAGGAAGCCAAAGCGAGGGAACAAUUGAAGAAGGACGAGGAAGAGAUGAAAGCGAUCAAGGAGCGCGAGGACGCAGCAGCAGCAGCGGCACUUGACGAGGAACGGGCGUCGGAAUCGGGCGAGUCGGUGCUGUCUGUGGGGGGAGUGGGGGGCGACGACAGUGGGGAUGGCAGUGCCGAUUCGUUUUAGAGGCAAUCAAACAUGCCCAAGUUGCUGCUCUCAGAGGUCGUUAUUGAAUAACAAUGCACCCUACUUACUGUGUG